CGUAUAAAAGCAGAGCAUACUUACUGUAACCAACUGUAACUUCGCGUGCAUGUUUAUAUAUAAGAUAUGAACUUUAGACUGUUGUAAACGAAUGGCUCCGCCACGUAUGAUGGAAGUUGAACAGUUCCAUUGACAGUUUCAGAUAAAUAUUAUGUGAAAGAGUUAAUUAUAAUUUAUAUUUGUAUAAUUUAUCGAUCUGUUUAUUAGUUAACGAUGGCGCGUGCUCUUGUAGGUGUAAAGAGAGUUAUCGAUUAUGCAGUUAAGAUUCGUGUUAAAUCAGAUAAAAUGGGCGUUGUAACGGAUGGUGUGAAACAUUCAAUGAACCCUUUUGAUGAAAUUGCAAUCGAAGAAGCCAUACGAAUGAAAGAGAAAAAAUUAGUACAGGAGAUAAUUGCAGUUUCAUGUGGCCCAAAGCAGUCUCAAGAUACAUUAAGAACUGCACUAGCAAUGGGUGCUGAUAAAGGAAUUCACAUUGAAAUAUCAGAAUCAGAGUACGAAACUCUACAACCCCUUCAUGUUUCCAAAAUUUUAGCCAAAUUAGCUGUAGACGAAAAAGCAGAUUUAGUCAUUGUUGGUAAGCAAGCUAUAGAUGACGAUUGCAAUCAAACUGCACAAAUGAUUGGAGGCAUUUUAGAUUGGCCAACUGGAACAUUUUGUAGCAAAAUUGAAAAUAAUAACGGUGAAUUAACUGUGACACGUGAAGUUGAUGGAGGUUUGGAGGUCGUUAAAAUUAAAACACCAGCAGUUUUAAGUGCUGAUCUCCGUCUUAACGAACCACGGUAUGCAACAUUACCAAACAUCAUGAAAGCUAAAAAGAAACCAAUUAAGAAAGUAACACCAAAAGAUCUUGGUGUCGACACCACUGCCAGAAUUGAUAUUUUAUCAGUCGAAGAACCACCAGUACGACAAGCUGGUGCUAUUCUACCAGAUGUUGAUAGUUUGAUUGGAAAAUUGAAAGAAAGUGGCCAUGUUUAAUUACUUCAAUGACCUUUAUACUCAUUAUAACUUUAUUAAAUUUUGCUGUACAUAGAGCAGUAUUUUUUAUACAUCAUAAGAUGUUGUAUGUUAUAUUUGAAUAAAUUUUUAUCGCACAAAA